CAGCAGCGGCACGUGGACUUGAUGCCCCGCUCGGGCUGCUCCCGCAGGGAAGCCGAAUGGUGUGAGGGUCGAGGCGCCCUGAAGAGGCGGCCAUGUUGGUGCUCAGGGUUCUGGCCGGGUUCUGCCUGUGCAGCGCGGCCGCCUCUGGAUACGGAAGAUGGACGAAGAACUUUCGCACCAACUCAAAUGAAGUGGACAAACCCGGCUCUCAGCCGCACAUCAUUUUCGUUAUGGUGGACGAUCAGGGUUACAGGGACGUGGGAUAUCACGGGUCCGAGAUCAAGACCCCGACACUGGACUGGCUGGCGGCGAACGGAGUGAAACUGGAGAAUUAUUACGUGCAGCCGCUGUGCAGCCCAUCCCGCAGUCAGCUCAUGACCGGCAGGUAUCAAAUCCACACUGGGCUCCAACACUCCAUAAUCCGCCCCACCCAAGCCAACUGCCUCCCCCUAGAAAACGUCACCCUCCCCCAAAAGCUCAAGAACGCAGGCUAUGCUACACACAUGGUUGGCAAGUGGCACCUUGGUUUCUACAAGCGUAGCUGCAUGCCUACACAGCGUGGCUUUGACUCCUUUUUCGGCUCCCUUCUAGGGAGCGGUGACUACUACAGCCACUACAAAUGUGACAGCCCUGGAAUGUGUGGCUUUGACCUGCAUGAAGGUGAGGAAGCUGCAUGGGAGCAAGACCGAGGGAUCUAUUCCACCCACAUGUAUACUCAAAAGGCAGUACGUAUACUAGCAUCACACAACCCUAGACAACCCAUCUUCCUGUACUUGGCAUACCAAGCAGUGCACUCCCCUCUGCAGGUUCCUGCUCGCUAUCUGGAACGCUAUAAAUCCAUCCCAAAUCUGCAACGACGCAAGUACGCUGCCAUGGUCAGCUGCUUGGAUGAGGCUAUGCGCAACUUAACACUUGCACUCAAACGCUAUGGCUACUAUGACAACGUGGUCUUGGUGUACUCUUCCGACAAUGGGGGUCAACCUCUGGCAGGUGGCAGCAACUGGCCGCUAAGAGGUAGUAAGGGAACCUACUGGGAGGGAGGCAUACGGGUAGUGGGGUUUGUGCACAGUCCCCGACUUGUGAGGAGAGGUACUUGUAAGGCCCUGAUCCACAUUACUGACUGGUACCCAACCCUGGUAACACUUGGUGAAGGUACGCUUGAUGAGAAUCAGAAUCUGGAUGGCUAUGACGUUUGGGAGUCGAUCAGCGAAGGGUUUCCAUCUCCACGUCAUGACAUCCUCCACAACAUAGACCCCAUCUACACCAAAGCUAAGAACGGCUCCUGGAAGGCAGGAUAUGGAAUCUGGAACACAGCAGUCCAGGCAGCUCUCCGUGUUGGGGACUGGAAACUCCUGACAGGUGUUCCAGGCUACAGCGACUGGGUUCCACCACAAACCUUUUCCAAACACACGUUGAGCAAACGCUUGCACAGUGAGCGUGUGCGCUGGGAUCGAGGCAAGUCGAUUUGGCUUUUUAACAUCACAGCUGACCCUUUUGAGCGUGUGGAUCUGUCCAAACGUUACCCACACAUCGUGAAAAAGAUGCUACUCAAACUUUUGCACUACAACAAGACAGCUGUGCCGUGCCGCUACCCACCCAAGGACUAUCGGUCCAAUCCUCAGUACAAUGGAGGGGUCUGGGGACCUUGGUACUCGAACAUUGAUGAACAGGAGAAUGAAAAUAAUAGUAUUCUUUCCAAUAAUGUACGUAAGAUUAAAAAAGAGAAAAAAGUCAAACAUAAAGGGAAGUGGAAAAGGAAAUCUGAUGACUUCUUGGGUCUUCAAUUGCAGUGACUUUUAUGUUUUACCUUGAAAUACUCCAGUACUCAGGGACUGACGGGCAGACUUGAUCUGUUCACAUGAUUUUUCACUGACAGAGUUUUAUAUUUAGAUAAAGUUACGUCUAGUUAGAUAUUUUGGAUGUAAGCAACAGGAAUCGGUUGUUACGCAUCUGAUUCGUUCGAAGAAGCCCACUUAAACACUGCUGUUUCUCCAGCUUAGAAUUGAACAAUG